AUGAUCAACCUGACGCUCGCUGAGCUCGCCGCACCAUUCAAGCAGAAUUCCAGCCAACAGCCGGUCAAUUUUGACCCCAUGAAUGUUAAAGACUGGUUCUCGCAUGUUGUUUCUCCUGUACUUCGGCGAUUCCUUCCUCCGGACCAGAUAGAAAUCCAUCCCAACCUCACGGCUGUCUUCCAUAACCAGUUCUACAUUGAGACGGGGAUGGGAGCUGGAGCCCAGAAUGAAAGUCAGGACAUCUGUAGUGUCUUUAUUGAUAAUAGAACAUGUGGGCUUACGGACCUGGUGGAACAUGUGGCAACUGUCCUGCACUGUGCAGCACGCUCAGACCUCACGCUCAAUGAGGAGACGCUCUCAAGUGUCCUCCUGCAUCUUUCCAUGAACCUCAACGCUCUUCUGCAGCAGCUCUCCAUGACCAACUUCAGUUCCCAGAGUUCUCCCUUCAAUGACAUUCUGGACCAAAUGGUUCAUGACACCUUCACGAUGAGCAACCUGCAGGACGAGUCAUUUGUAAGAUUAUGGUUCCAGAUCAAGUUAAAGCCUCUUCUCUCCACACUGACUCCAGAAUAUCUCACGUGCCUCAGUCACAAAGAGUUCAGCUGCCAGACCUUCCAGAUACUUGUUUCAGAACUCAGUGACAACAUGCUACUGGUGUCAGAAGAAGGUGUGCAGGAUGUUUAUCAGUAUUUCAUCAGACCCUUCCUGAGCCGACAAAAUGUUUCAGGUGGCUGCCCUGCAGAGAACAGCAGCAUCUGGAUUACUCUGAAUCUUGGUGGAUUUUCAAAGUUUGCCACAUUGAGGGAAAUGUACCAGCUAAACCAAGACUUCAACGCUAUAGAUGCACUGGUGGUUCUCUCCCCCAGACAGACAGCUGAACUCAUAGUUGAGGAUUUUGCAGGUCUGCCAGAGAAAAGUGUUAUCAUAAACAUAGUUUUUGAUCAUAUCCUGGUGUCUCCUGAAGACCGUCGACUGCUUGAGAUGCUUAGAUAUCUCAUAAUGCUCGCUGGCCAGAUGGGUUUGGAGUGCUCAUCAUACCAGCAGAUAGUUCAGAGGCUGCAGGAUUCUGUGGUUCCUCCACACAUGAAGGAACCCAUCAAGUACUACAUAAGUCAGCUGGAACAAAUGGCACCUCCUGGCUGUUUUCCUCCACCUGUUACGUGUAUUUCAACAACAAUCAAUGAAACCUCAAUUUGUAAUGAAAUCAGCAGUCUCAGCCAAUCAGAAGGUGAUGUCGUGUCCCAAGUGCUGGAUGUGGUUGGAGAGCUGAGACUGGAGCGCAUCAGUCCUGACCAAUGGACAGACCUCUCUUUCAUCAGCAUGUUGUUGGGUCAAUAUCUGAAGCCGUUUUUACCAUUUGCGUCACCAUCCCUACUGCUGUGCACCAGCAGCAAAAACCUCAGCUGCCAAACUUACCAGCACAUUCUGUCAGAGGUCCCACUCGUCAAUGAGAUUCAAGGAAGAGACAUGGCAAACUUCUUCAUUCUGCCCUUCCUGAGAAGAAACGCAACAGAUGCGGGCUGUGUGGCGACUGCUAACAACAGUGUUGAGUGGCUGCAGAAGAACUUUGGCCCGUUCUCUCAGUUCGUGUCUCUCACAGAUCUGAUCUCCAUCAACAGACUCUUUGAUCCCUUGGAGACCCUGGACAAUCUCACUCCCAAGCAGGUGGCUGGACUGUUGGUUGAAGAGCUACCUGGUCUCCCAGAGAAGAAAGUCGUCAUCAAUACAGUGUUUGAUCAUCUGUUUGUGUCUCCUGUGGAGCGAGGACUUCCUGAUGUUCUUCAAAACCUGCUCUCAAUCUCACAGACGACCAUUAUUCCGUGCAGCUCCUACAUACUGAUAUUCCAGAGGCUGUUUCAGGCGUUACCUUUCCUGCCGACGGAGAUGGAGACUGUGGUCUUCCAAACAACUGGAGAACUCAAGCAGAAUGGAGCAAGAGACUGUUCACUCCCGAACCUCCAACAUAACGAGACUUUCCUAUCCGCUGCACUCGUGAGCGCCCCCUGUAGUGUGGACCUGCAGCAGUACGUUUGCUCUUCGCUCACCGGCAUCACUGCUGGAAACCUGGCUGAACUCCUGAAGUGUCAACUUUCAAGCAGCAGAAGUUACUCCAAGGAGAUCUGGAAACUAUUUUUCACCAAAGCAAAUGAUGUUCUGGACGGAGCCCUCGUCAUAUUCUCCAGCGCAGCAGCAAAUAUGUCUCAGCCAAUCAGAGGUGAUGUCGUGUCCCAAGUGCUGGAUGUGGUUGGAGAGCUGAGACUGGAGCGCAUCAGUCCUGACCAAUGGACAGACCUCUCUUUCAUCAGCAUGUUGUUGGGUCAAUAUCUGAAGCCGUUUUUACCAUUUGCGUCACCAUCCCUACUGCUGUUUUCUCAGAUUCCAGAGGCUGUUUCAGGCGUUACCUUUCCUGCCGACGGAGAUGGAGACUGUGUGGUCUUCCAAACAACUGGAGAACUCAAGCAGAAUGGAGCAAGAGGUCAUUCUUGA